UUAAUUGUCUUUCUUAUCUGAGAACUGCAAUGCCUGGGGUGUACUGCCGCAACUUUAAUGUUAGCCAAUAAUUCGAAUAUAGCGACUGACACUAUCAGGUGCCAUGGCUUGGAGAUAAGCCAGUUCUCACGCGCCCUUGUUUAACGCCAUGUCACGGUCCUCCCAAUGGAUCCAAUAUAACCGUCAUAUAAAGUCUGGAAUCUUUUGUUUUUACGACUGACCGACAAACGAACAAUCAUUUCCUGCUGUGACCAAAACUACACUAUGAAGUGUGUGCCGGGCAAAAAAUAAAAAAAAAACAAAAAAAUAUUGUUCUAAUUGCAAAGUUGUAACAUUGAGCGAGAUUUUUUGAAGGUUGCCCCUCUCCAUCGCAUAGCAAUUUUAUCUCAAAAACAAAAACAUCUAACCGACUUAUAUAGAGCGAAACACAGAAAAUGCCAAUAGGCCUCAAAAAACAUUAAACUGAAUCUGAAAGAAAAGCGACAAAACAAGAAUGGGCCUGGCGUUUGUACUCCUUGUUCUUCUGGCUACAGUUGGCCUGGGAAAUGGACAAACCGGUCGACUUACCGUCGAUUCCCAUGACAUCACCGUUCUUCUGAACACAAACGAGACUUUCGUGGUCUAUGCCUAUGAAUUGUUGGAGCAAAGUGUGCGAGUUACUCUGAAGACGGAUUCGGACGAUCAUUUGCGACUGGAGCCUGACUCCUUCGAUUAUCCCUCCGGCAGCACCCAAAACCAAUCGGUGGUAAUAACUGGCUUAAAUGCUGGCUAUGUUCAAGUCACGGCCUCCAGCGAUCAGGAUGCCAAUCAGGCGAUCGUGGAUGAUGUUUUUCUGCGAGUAACGGUGGCAAAAAAUGAAGGCCUUAUCUACACUUCGAUUGUUUUCGGAUGGAUUUACUUUGCCGCCUGGUCGGUGUCCUUUUAUCCGCAGAUCUGGAUCAACUACCGCCGCAAAUCCGUGGAAGGACUGAACUUUGACUUCCUCACCCUCAACAUUGUUGGCUUCACUCUGUACAGCAUGUUCAAUUGCGGCCUCUACUUCAUUACUGGCCUGCAGGAGGAGUACGAGGAGCGUCAUCCUCGUGGUCUGAAUCCGGUGUUGCUGAAUGAUGUGGUCUUCUCACUGCACGCCAUGUUCGCCACCUGUAUAACAAUCAUACAGUGUUUUAUUUAUGAGAGGGGACAGCAAAGGGUGUCAUUUAUAGCCUAUGGCAUCUUGGGCAUCUUUGCCGUGGUGGUGGUGGUCUCAGCCGGGCUGGCUGGCGGUGGAGUCAUCCAUUGGCUGGACUUCCUGUACUACUGCAGUUAUGUCAAGCUGACCAUCACCAUCAUCAAGUAUGUGCCUCAAGCGUUGAUGAACUAUCGCAGGAAGAGCACGUCCGGAUGGAGUAUUGGUAAUAUCCUGCUCGACUUUACUGGAGGAACUCUAAGCAUGUUACAGAUGAUCCUAAAUGCCCACAAUUAUGACGAUUGGGCUUCACUAUUUGGUGAUCCGACAAAGUUCGGCUUGGGUCUUUUUUCUGUGCUGUUUGAUAUUUUCUUUAUGCUUCAGCACUACGUGUUUUACAGGCACACCAGAGAGUCCUCGACCUCUGACCUCACCAAUGUCACAGAGGCGCAAAAUCGAGCUACAGACAAUACACCUAGUGAAGAAAAUAUUGUGAAAUAUUAAAGCUUUAUAGUCCGUGUGCUAAAAGUGCUUUUUUGUACGUUUUUAGAAUUGUAAAUAUAUGCCAUAGCUACAUAAGCCUAAUCUACGAA